GUGCUUCUCAAAUAUCUUUUGCUGGCUAUCCCGGUCUUCUCGUUGGCCUCUCACGAAGUACCCGUUCUAGGAAUCAGUAUCGGAGCAAAGGAUCUCGCCGUUGUUCAGAGCCUCGCAGAUGGAUCCACGUCAUUGAUAGCCCGAGUCCCAGCAAAUACCACGUACAUUGACUGGUUUGACAAGGUGGUCAAGCUUCCCGAGCAGAAUAGGUUAUGGACCAUGGUUGACACUGCCGCGCUGCAUGAGGCUCUACUUGCCGCACAGUAUACAGUUACUCAAAGAUUUCAACAGCACGUAAAACUCAACAUCUUUACCUCGCUAGAGGACAUUGAGGAUCUGGUCUAUGAAGCCUUCUCAGUACUCGAGCUAUUUGCGCCUCAGGAAGCGGAUGCUUUACGUCACAUCAGGCCGGAAAGUGCGAUGAACUAUGCUUACAGAUUGGGCACCUGUGGGGUCGCAGGCUUACCUGAAGGCUGCGACCCAGAAGAUAUCGAUGGAGAAGCGUUAUGGCUGGACUUUGACGCCGCCUCGCUAAACGUGCGUCUCCUGAGGUUUGCAGAGUAUGGUGGAGACGCCCGUGCUGGAUCCGUGUUCUUGGGGCUGAAAGGAGGUGACUGCUCAGAGCAAUGCAUGAUCGACGCUAUGCAGGAGCACGUCAGCGAUUAUCUGGACCAGAACACCGUCCUAAAAGACUUCCCAGGUCGUCGUGGCGACAACUAUAAACCACUGCGCUCUGAUGUCAAGGCCAUCAUCAUGUCUGGACAUCCGCCACCUGGCUCUCUCGAAGCUGUACAACUUGCCAUCNNUCAUCGUGUCUUGCCUGAUCUGGCGAAGCUGUUCCCAGACUUUGUAAANCCAAGUUCCGCUAUGGCGGUGGGAGCAGCACGACGAGCUAGACAGAUAUGGGAUCAUCCUGAAGAGGUCAGAAUAUAUCCAUGUCCUCCACUCAUGCCCUGGCACGACGAGUUG